UCUCCUCCUCCAUCCGACAAAAAGCAGAGUGGAACUGCUAGAGUCCUCGGCUCAGCCUCUGCCGGUAUCUGUGAGAUCGCCGUGUUUCACCCCGUGGACACCAUCUCCAAGAGACUUAUGUCCAACCAGCUGAAGAUCACUUCUGCUGCUCAGUUGAACUCUGUUAUCUUUAGAGAGCACGCCAACAAGGCCCUCGGAUCGAGACUCUUCACAUUGUUUCCUGGUUUGGGUUAUGCUGCUUGCUACAAGAUCUUGCAGAGAGUUUACAAGUACGGUGGUCAGCCUUUCGCUAACGAAUUCUUGACUGCCAACUUCAAGGAGACUUAUGACAACUUGUUUGGCCCUAAGACCGGUAAGGCACUUUUGUCUGCCACCGCUGGUUCGUUGAUCGGUAUCGGAGAGGUUGUUUUGUUGCCAUUGGAUGUCUUGAAGAUCAAGAGACAAACCAACCCAGAGUCGUUCAAGGGUAGAGGAUUCCUCAAGAUCUUGGCUGACGAAGGUUUCGGCUUGUACAGAGGUUGGGGCUGGACUGCUGCUAGAAAUGCUCCUGGUUCGUUUGCCUUGUUUGGAGGUAACUCUUUCGCUAAGGAGUACAUCUUCGGCUUGACCGACUACUCCUCGGCCACUUGGACUCAGAACUUCAUCACUUCUAUUUUCGGAGCUUCUGCAUCUUUGAUUGUCUCUGCACCAUUGGAUGUGAUUAAGACCAGAAUCCAGAACAGAAACUUUGAUAACCCUGAAUCUGGUUUCGCCAUCUUGAAGAACAUGGCCAAGAACGAGGGUGUCACUGCUUUCUUCAAGGGUUUGACUCCUAAGUUGUUGACAACUGGCCCCAAGUUGGUGUUCUCGUUUGCCUUGGCCCAGUCGUUGAUUCCUGCUUUCGACAAGCUUUUGAAGUAG